AUGGGUCAGUCAUUUCAUUAUUACAAUGAUUACAAUCAAAUUCUUUCGUUAAAAAUAAUAAUUACUUUAUUCAGAGAAAGAUCGAUUUUACUAUUGGAGGUACUGGAAUCUUCAUUAGAUUGCGCUUUGAGACUUAUAAAUGAUUCAUAUAAAGCCAUAAAAGACAUGACAUUUCGUGAUAUGUGCAGAAAAGCAGUUUAUUAUAUUGUUUCAAUGAGUAAUAAUGAAAAAAUUAUUUUAGCAGGGUAUAAGUUUAUAUAUAGCAAUGAAGCAUCUAUUUCUAGAGACGAAAUUUUGGCAAAUAUUAUUAGAGAAAAUGCGGAAAAGCUCAUUCCUAUGAAUAAUGAAAGUUGUUGUUUGGCCUUGAAAUUAUUAAAUGGGGAUUCUCCUACCAAAAUUGCGUUGGGGCUAAUGAUCUCAUAUUCAAUCAUAAAAUACUUGAAUGAAGAGCAGUUUGAUCAGUUCUACUCCAACUACCCAUUCGAAAUAAUCCUGAUUUGCUUGAAAGAUUCAGCAAUGGAGCUACAAUUAAGUGCAUUAAAAGUAAUUAACCAAUAUUUAGAAAAACAAAUCAAUGAUUUUGUUUUCAAUGAUGAGUUCAUGCCUCAGAUCUUCGAACUUCUUGAUUCUCCUUUUGAAAUCAAAGAAUAUGUUCUCAAAGUUUUAUCUGACUUAGUAAUGCAAUCAGAUACUGCACAUUUACCUUUGUUCUUCCAAAGUGGCUUGGAAAUUGAUGAUUUGGUCGAUUCGAUGGAAUCAUCAAAUUAUUCUUUUCUAAUUCUACAAGCAAUAUAUAAACUUGCUUGUGAGGUAGAUGGUGUAGUCGAUGCCCUUGCUGAAACAAACAUUUUACCAAUGAUUGAAGAUUUCAAAUUGGAAAAAUUUAGUGAAGAAGAGCAACAAGAUAUUGAGCUUAUUAGAAAUAACUUAAUUGAGAUGUUUCAAUAA